AUGAGAGCUUUAGCUUACUUCGGAAAGGGUGAUAUCCAUUUCACCAAAGAUUUAGAAGAGCCCAGAAUUACAACAGACGAUGAGUUGCUCAUCGAUAUUAUAUUUUGCGGCAUCUGCGGUACAGACCUGCACGAGUACACAGAUGGUCCUAUCUUCUUCCCCUCAGAUGGUCACAAACACGAGAUUUCAAACAAUGAAUUGCCCCAGGCAAUGGGACACGAGAUGGCUGGGAUCGUGAGGGAGGUCGGCAGCGGGGUCACACAGUUUAAAGUCGGGGAUCACGUCUCCGUGGAACCCACGGGGACUUGCAGGGACAGGUACAGGUGGCCCGAGGCACCAGGCGUCAAUAAGGAGAAAUGUGCAGCUUGUAAGAGGGGGAUGUACAAUGUGUGCUCGCAUUUGGGGUUAAUAGGGAACGGUGUACAGUCAGGUGGGUUUGCGGAAAGAGUCGUUAUCAACGAGUCCCACUGUUACAAACUACCAAACCAUAUCCCAAUGGAGGUCGUCGCGUUGGUGCAGCCGAUUGCAGUCAGUUGGCACGCAGUACGUGUCUCGAAAUUCAAGCCAGGGUCCUCCGUGCUGAUUUUGGGCGGUGGGCCCAUUGGGUUGAGUACAAUCUUGGCCUUGAACGGUCACGGGUGUACGGAGAUCGUCGUCUCGGAACCAGCAAAGAUUAGAAGGGACCUCGCAGAGAAAAUGGGUGCCGUCGUAUACGACCCAAUGCAACAUUCCUACGAGGAGAAUAUCAAGUACCUAAGGGCAUUGGCUCCAGAUAAAGACGGUUUCGAUUACUGUUUCGACUGUUCCGGGACUCCAGCAACGCUGAGAUCAUCGAUCGAGUGUUUGACCUUCAGGGGUACAGCAGUGAACGUCGCGAUGUGGGCCACGGGCAAGCCAAUCGAUUUCUUCCCCAUGGACAUUACACAACAAGAAAAAUCGUACACGGGGUCCAUGUGCUAUACGCACCACGAUUUUGAAGGUGUAAUAGAUGCUUUGGAAAAGGGCACAAUUGACCCUGAAAAGGCACAGCAUAUGAUCACGGCAAAAGUACCGUUGGAGAGAGGGUUCGAGGACGCCAUGAUGCGGUUGAUCACUCACAAGGAGGAAACAAUCAAAGUGCUGUUAACACCAAACAAUUUUGGUGAGUUGGACAGCGAAAGGUUGGCCAAAUUGUAG